AUGGGAAAAACAAUGAAGACACCCACUGGAGCUUUAAUCACAUUCUUGUGGCUGCAGCUGGACUGUGUCAGCCUGGGAAACAAGGUGGAGCAGAGUCCUUCUACCCUGAGUGUCCAGGAGGGAAACAGCUCUGUUAUCACCUGCACUUAUACAGAUGGUAACUCACAGUAUUUCCCUUGGUAUAAGCAAGAACCUGGGAAAGGUCCCCAGCUCCUCAUAGCUAUUCGUUCAAAUAAGGACAAAACGAAAGACCAGAGACUGACUGUUUUAUUAAAUAAGACGGCCAAACAUCUCUCCCUGCACAUCGCAACCACUGAAGCUGGAGACUCAGCUGUCUACUUCUGUGCGGCAAGUACACAGUGCUUCCCAGGCAUCUUCUGUCUGUACUCAAACCUGUGA